AUGGCAUCCCAAGAACAGCGGUGCUAUGAAGGAUCAGCAGGCGCAGAAUUUCGUCAAGUAGAUCGAACAGGACAAAUUCAUAAUGCAGUUGAACGUUUUCGUUGUGAAAUUCUUGAUUAUAUAAACAGUCGUCUUGAACAAUUUUCAUCCGAAAUGAAGCUCAACACGGAUUUACCAUCAUUAGAUGAUAUGGUUAAGCAACCUGUAAUGUCCGAAAUGGAUUUAAGAGUAAUUAAUAAACUUGAAAAAAAAUCACCAUUAAGAAAUCCACAAAACGGUGAGGAUAGUACAACGUCAUCAAUUCCGUUUCCAGAAAAAGUCUUCCGAGCACGUUCAUCGAUACUCACCGAAUUAUUGAAAGUUUCACAUUUUCGAUCGAUUCGACAAAUAUUUAUAUCAGUUCUUGUGAUUGUUUUCUUACAAGUUGCGAUACAUGAUUUAUUUGAAUUUGGAAAACUUGAUUUUCGCGUUGAUGUUAUUCUGUGGAAUUUUUCAAAUUUAUCAUCAUGUAUUCGCCUUUGGCUUUGGUUAUUUCUAUCAACUUGUAUAGUCGCCUAUUGUGGUUUUCAUUUUUGGGCCUACAAACGUCUGGCGUUCAUUCCAAUUGUCACAUCGAAUGAAACAGAAAAAUCAAAUAAAAAACCGACUAGUCUAUUAAUAUUCGAUUGGACGUGGUUUUCUUUAUACUGUUGUUAUAUUGCGUUAUUUUUAUUUUUUCCAGUACAUUAUAUUCUUGCUGAAAAUUAUCCGAUUGUUACACGAAUAAUUAUUCUAAUAGAACAAGUUCGAUUUUUAAUGAAAUCUCAUGCUUUCGUACGAGAGAAUGCACCGCGUGCGAUACUUUAUGCUCAGAUUUAUUCGCAAAAAGAUAAAAAAGAAGAUAAAACAGUCGACUCAUCGAAUGAUCAAAAAGUAUUUUCUCGGUCGCAUUCGCCAUGUCCUGAAUUUUCGAAAUAUAUUUAUUUUAUUUUCGCGCCGACACUUAUCUAUCGUGAUUCCUAUCCUCGAUCAUUGUCAAUACAAUGGAAUUAUGUUCUAUCACAAAUAACACAAUUUGUCGCAGCUGUAUUUUUUAGUUAUUAUCUAUUCUAUCGUUUUUGUUUGCCGGUAUUUCGCUAUUUCAAAUCCGAUCAUGUUACCGUAGAGAUAUUCGUUCUAUCAAUUCUCAAUUGUACUUUGCCAGGAGCUCUGCUUUUGUUUUGUGUUUUCUACGGAUUUUUACAUUGUUGGCUCAAUGCAUUCGCUGAAAUGCUUCGAUUUGCUGAUAGAGAAUUCUAUAGCGAUUGGUGGACAGCUACUUCAUGGAGCAGUUACUAUCGAACAUGGAAUAUUGUUGUUCACGAUUGGCUUUACACUUAUAUUUAUCGCGAUUGUCAUACAUUAUUCGGUGUUAAAUAUCGUUUGGUAUCGAUGUAUACGGUUAUAUUUUUAAGUGCUUGCGUUCAUGAAUAUAUUCUUUCAUUGGCAUUUGGCUAUUUUUAUCCAAUAUUAUUUUUACAAUUUGCUGUUCUUGGCUUUAUUUCAAUGCUUAUUUUACCGCGACGCACGCAAAGUAUAGCUUUUAAUAUUUUUAUAUGGACAUCGUUAUUCGUUGGGCUUGGCAUGCAAAUGUGUUUAUAUUCCAUUGAAUGGUACGCUCGGCAAAAUUGUCCUCGAGUAGUGAACGGUCCAUUGGAUUAUUUUAUACCACGAUCGUUCUUUUGUCGUGAAGUAAAUGAUACAAUAACGGUAGAUAUCAACGCUUCGGUGGCAAGUAAUCGUCAUUAUUUGUAA